AUGUGCAGCUUCCGCCGUCUGGCGCCUACCGGGCUCAUAACGCUGCCUAAAUUUCGGGAAUCACUUGGAUUACUGGGCCUAUUUGGGAAGUUGCUGGCGGAGAGUCUUUUCUACGCGUUCGACUACGACAAUGACGGGUACCUGAACGUCGUCGAUUUCACCCGCGCGGUGCUAAUCAUGCUCAUUGGUUCAGAUAAGCGUCGUCUGGAGCUCAGCUUUCGUAUCCUUCAAACGCCAAGUCGUCAGGAGGCUGGCACAAUUUCCCUAAAAGAGGGAGACGCCCCCGACGAACCACCGGGAAUCGAUCUGAAAUCGUUCACGCGCAUCGUUAACGACAUCAGGACGACCCGGAAUGUCCUCACCGGCCAGUCCGUGCCAAAUCCCACACCGGAGCACGUGGAUAAUGUUUUCAAAAAAAAUUCGAGCCUCUGCAUCGAUGGCGUCGCGCGCAUUACGCAACACGACUUCGAACGCGCUGUCCACUGCUCCAAAGAGUUCGUGGAGUUGAUGGGCGCUCCCUGCAGUGUCUAUGCAGUGGAAGCGUCCCUGGUGGCCGGCAACGCGCCGGUCGAGGUCUCCCCUGCCUGCCGACCCUUUACGAAGUGCGGCUCGGAGGACUUCAACAUCAGGAGGCAGAGGACGUACAUUAAUCGGACUACUAAACAUCGCAGGAGGCACCACGACAGCGACACUGACGAGUCGUUGCCGCUGAAGGCGCAGGGUAUCACGCGCCCGUGGCUGUCUCCCCGUCGCGGACUGGCGGUAUACUUCGGACACGAGAGGUGGAACGACGUGAUCAACGUGAUGGUCGGCUUGGGGCUGACCGCUCGUAAGGAGAACGGCGACGUGACACGGGAGCUGGAACCGGCCGAUUUCACCGACAAGCUCACUUUGUCAAUCCUGCCGGACACAAUCUCCGGCUUGAUGCCGUCGCUGAAGUUCGUCGAGCAUGACGACGGGCACCAGUUCCAGUUGGACGACGACCCCAACAAGAUAAUCUUCACGGAACACGCACCACUGGUAUUCAAGCGCCUCCGCAAGCUGAUGAACCUGUCGGAGGACGCUUACAUCCAGUCGGUGGGCCCCGAGCACCUGGUUGGCAACAUGAUGCUUGGCAACCUAAGCACCCUCUCCGAGCUGCUGUCGGAGGGAAACAGCGGUGCACUGUUCUACUUUACUGCGAACGGACGUCUGGUGCUGAAGACUGUAACGCGCCAGACGGCAGAGUUCGUGCAGAGGUGGCUACCCAGCUACUACAACCACACGCGAGAGAACCCCCAAACGCUUAUAACGCGCCUCGCUGGCCUGUUUUCGAUCACGCAAUGCAAGAAAGGCGGGUCGACAACGUAUUUCAUCAUUAUGAACAACGUGUUUUACUCGUCAGUGGCGAUUCACCGCCGCUACGACCUGAAGGGUUCUUGGGUAGGUCGAUCGGUCCCUCUGCACGAGCGCAAGGACCACACGGUGGCGCUAAAGGAUCUCGACAUGGUGGAGCUGGAGGAGUUCAUGGAAUUGUCGGAAGAUCGGUCGAGGGCGCUAUUCGACACGCUGCAGCGCGAUGUCGACUUCCUCUCCAAGUCCAUGCUGAUGGACUACUCGCUGCUGCUGGGCAUCCACUACCGCUCGAUAUCGGAAGACGACGUCAACUGGCAGCAGGACCCCGACCCCAGGCAGAUGUCAUGUUUCAUGGGAAAGAACCGCGACCGCCUGUACUUCGUGGGCCUGAUCGACGUGCUAACGGAGUGGGACGUGCGCAAGCGCCUAGAGUACGCGUGGCGCCGCCUGAGGACGUUCAACAACCCCGGGGUCUCGUGCACCCCUCCCGAACGUUACGCGGAGCGUUUCAUCAGCUUCAUGAAGAGGCGCGUUGCGUGA